AUGGCCGAGAACGAGAAAUUGGGCGAGCAAGCGGGUCGGGGCCGUAACGGCGAACAAAGAGCGCAAUCGAGGCCGGGUUCGAGGCGGAAAGCGGAGGAGAGCGAGCUGCCCGCGCCACCGCCGGACCCGUGGUUGGCCAAUCUCUGGCUGGCCAAUCCUCAGGCGGGGAGGAGGAACAGCCGGAGCCUGGAGGAGGACGAGGACAUGAUCGGCUACCUGACCGACGACCUCGGCUCGCUGCCGUUCGAGGGUCAAACGUCCGGCUGCCCGUCGAGAAAUUCCGCCCUGGCUAUUUCGAGCCUUUACGCGGAAGACGCGUUCGAGCAUUUGGACCGGCUGUACGCGUUCGUGGACCAGAUUCUCGAGCUGAGGGAUCGCAACGCCAAGUUCUUCAGGCGCGUGAGGAAUCUGGAACGGUUGAAGGUGUUGAGGGACGCGAACCACAAGUUGGAGAAUGCCUUCGCGCGCGGGAACGGGGAGAGCGCCGCGUGCGAGGAGGACACCGGCUUCGCCGAGUCGCUGCUCGACGCUAUGCUGUCCAACUGCAGGGACUCCCCGUUCCAGAGGAGGGGCGCCAGGUCGGGGUCGAGGCAGGCGAGGAACAAAUUCGACGUGGACAACAAGCAAAUCUCGCAGCUCGACGAGAUCUCUGGAGCCGCGCCCAAGGUCUCCAAGUGGACCAGAGUUAAGGCCGCGUUCAAGUGGGAAAGGGCCUACACGAACGACACCGCCGAGAACGCGGAUUCGAGCGCGCCACCCCUGAUCGCCGCUAGGCACAGAAAUCAAGACGUAGAGGCGAGAGACUCGACUUCGUCGCCUGUUAACGAGAAUUGUAACGAGAAGGGGACGCCUGUCGCUCGAACAUCCUCGCCCUCUUCGUCCAACGAUGGAUUUUACGAUUGCCGGAGAGCUGCAAGUACGAACCAAGUAGAUUGCCAAUCUUUAAAGAGAAGAUCUAAUAAAAAAGCGGAUUUUGCAAAUUGGCAUAGCGAAUCCCUCGAUGAUAAUAUUCUCAUGGAUACUUUGCAACCCCACGAGACAGGAGUAACAAAUGAGGCUGGCCAAGGGAAGCCUUUAAUACGUAUCACGUCGGACAAGAGUCACGGGGGUAAGACAGACGAGAAGGAUGAAGGAGAAUCGAUAUCAAAGAGAUCAACACCGACAUUAACGAUUGCAAUACCUUCGCACGAGGAGGAUAUCAGAUACACAUCGUCCCCUGAAUCGAGCUCACCGCUCUUUUUCAACGCGAACGCCUCUGCCGGAAAUUCUCCGCAACACAGGAAGACGUAUCGAGACCAAUCUGCGAAGAACGAUUUUAAACGACAGCAAUCGUACGGUGGAGAAACAUUGAUGUCGAAGAUGCAGAGGCAAGACUCGAAAUGGAACAAGGUCAGACGAGCAUUUCUAACGAAUUCAACCCCAAACGUGCCAUCGAACCUCAACGUUCCCAGACAGACGCUCUUUCAAGAUGGUUUCGAAACUUCGAUAAGCAGCAAUUACGACAGCGUGGAAAAUAUGGAGAAAACGACACCUUCCAACACACCGUCGCAAGACACGAGGCAAGAUUACCGCGCCCUCAGAGAGAAACUGGGCACCGAAUUCCAUCAGAAGCUGAUCGAGUGGGAGCGUUUAAAAAAUUUUCCACCCCGUGUUUCCAGCACGAAAGAAACCUCCUCGAAUUUACCGAGCCCUCGAGAAAGCUUGCUAUCGGAAGAAAGAUUAGCACCCGAGUUCAGGAAGAAAUUGCAAGACUGGAAACGCGCGAAAAAAAUACGAAGAGGAAGUGCCCCGUUUGUGCUGCAGCAGAGGCUGAAUAGGCGUCGUUUAACGGAUUGGCAACUUUGGAGAUCUCCUUUGAAAACCGAAUUCAGGAAUAAAGAAAUCUUCAGUCUCGCUGGUGGUGAAAGCGGUGAGACCGCGAACGAUGGGAGGACGCAAGUUUGUGACGAUUACCCGAGAAAAAUGGAAUCUUGGAAGAGAACGAACGAGAGUAAUUGCGAUGCGAAAAGUCAAACGCGAGCCAAGUCACAUCAACUUGGGAUUGCAUCUGGAAUCGACGAAAGCGAGUUUCUCGCUUUGGAAAGAUUACUGUCGCUUUUCAACAAUAACGCGAGUAAGGAGAGACGAGAGAGUGAUGUUCAACAAUUGGACGAGUGCUUCGAUGGGGAUGCAAGAUCGUAUGCCGAUGGAACACAAAAUUUAAAUGACACCAACGAAGUUUUCGUUCGAACAUCUGUUGGAUCUUACCGAUUCGAAGGUAUUUCACGAGAAUUCACAAGGAAACUGUACGACUGGGAACAAUAUCGUGGAAUAUCACCGACGUCUUCGACCUUCCGCCUUUUAGGACCUUCUUACAUACCAUUUUUAAGACAGACAACUAUGGAAACAUCGACGGAUAAUUCACCGAUAACAAAAGUUGGAAGCGACGAACCGAUAUCGUUCAAAGUCUGCUCUUUGAAGAGGUCGAAAUCUGUCGGCAAUGUGGUCGAGCAAAAUGAUCGAAAUGAACUUUUCAUACGCCGUUCGAACAGUCUACAAUCAUUGGACCAUCUCACGAACAGGUUAAAAGAUGCUGAUCGCAUAGAUGUUUUACAAGAAUCAAUCGAUCCUCAAAGAUCAGAGGACAUAGUCGAAGACAUAAUGGACGAUUCGGAACCGGAAGCAAUGAUCGUGGACAUCGAAGACGUGAUCGAAGAAACUGCGAGCCCCCUGGAAAGGGUGCAACCACACCAAACACCCGUGUACUCGGUUGCAGCGAGCGAAACGACGAGUAUCGCGGUACCAUUGGGAACUGUUACAUCUAGUCACGAACCAUCGCCGGUAUUCUUGAUAGAAAUAGAGGAAAAUUCGGAUUCGAAACGGUGGGAGUCGAAAAAGUGGAAUCAAAGGAAAAGUGUCUCGAGCGAAGACAGUUUGAGCCUGGAGCAAUCCGAAAUGGCGAAAUCUUGGGAGAGAAACUCUUCGAGUAACGUGGAUUCGGAGCAUUGGUCCUCUGCAAGCUCGUGGAGCAAGAGGGAAACGUUUGAUGCGAAGGAGAACGUUGAUAAUUUGGAUCGGGAAUUGGACAAAGAUUCGGUGAAAUCGAACAGCUCGAUUUAUUCGACCGAUGUGGAUACGGAAUUUAACAUUGUAAACGAAGGAAAGGAUCAAGUUAAUUUCGAGAGAGAAGAUGUUCCUGUAACAUUACCUGAAAAGGAAGAUGGACUUGAAAGGAAUCUGAAGGAAUCCGAUGCACAAUCAAAAGUAGCGAUCUGUCGAUACAACCAAGAGUUAUCGAUUGAGAAGGAACAAGGAUACGAUUACCAACAGAUAGAAGAGGAUGAGAACAUCGAUGAUGAAAAAAAUCUUGCUGAAACUACUACUAAAUCCAACAAUGAGUAUGAAGAAAUAAUCGUGACCAAUUCUUUUACGAAUUUGCAGUCAAUGGAAAAUUAUAACGAUGAAACGGCUAAAAAUUUAUUGAAAACAUCGAUUAAUUGUAAAUUAGAGCAAGCCAAAUUUGCAACACGUGACGUAGAUCGUUUCUAUACCAAUCAAGAUCAAAAAAAUUCCAAAAAAGCUGAAGAAAUUUAUACCGUAAUCAGGGAUGACACCGUUCAUCGAGACUUAUCCAAAAUAGAAUUAGACACGAAUCGUUACGAUUCAUCCAAACCGUGCAUCAAUUAUCCAAUCUACGAAAAAGAGAACGAUCGUUUCAAAGAAGCAACGAGAAGUUCACAAUCCGUCGAAAGAAAGAAAUGGCAAGAAUAUCGUAACCCCGAGCCUGCUUCGUCUUCCAUGUUAUCGUGCACCUCGAAUCCCUCCUCGUUCGAACGUCAUCGUGAGCCAACUAUUCAAACAACUGCGUACACGGUAGCGCCAUCUCGCGACCAACGUUGCUUCGAGAGAAUCGUCAUCAACGAAGAAACUCUGAACAAAAUAGUGGUACCCACGGCAACGGGCUGCGUGGAGAAAGCAAGUACCUCGAGAUCGCCGAUAGAGCGAGCGCCAAUCGAAUAUCGAUCGAGCAACGAUCAUCACGUUCCGGUCAAUCGAGAAACAAGUAUUAAAAAGCAAAUCUCCAAUUCACCGACUCGAAACGUUUUCAUCAGGACGAAACGUAUAAUAUUCUCUCCGUUCCGACGUUCGGAAGAGCACUCGUCUGGUAAAAAGGAGAACAACGGUAACGAGGAUGAUCGCGUGUUCUCUACGAAGAGCAAAAGCAAGUCGAUCGGAUCGCCCAAAGCGAACCGACAAGACGCCCUCUUGAGGAUGUCUCUUUCGUUACCGUGGCCCCUUCGCCCAUCCUCGAAGGAUCGUGAGACGAGAGAAGCGACGAAAAUCGAAGAGGAACGGGCGCCCGUUAAACAGAAGCAAAACUUCAAACGGUGCAAGUCUGUGGAGAGCUCGAGGAAAUCGUCCAUCGGCGACAACAUAUUCCAAACGAGGCGAGAUAGAGGUUCGUCGAUCGAAUUGAAAAAUUCUACGAACGAGAGAGAGAGUGUCUCGGUACAAACAGUUGCAAGUGAACGAGAAAAUCGAGCUUCCUUUAGAGUCAGCUUGCCCAGCUUGAAAACUGAGGAGAAAACGAAAGAAAAUUCUUCUUCCUCCUCCUCCUCCUCCUCUUCCUCCUCUUCCUCCUCUUCUUCCUCCACGUCUUCUUCGAGAUUCGACCCACAAUCUUCGGAUCUUAUCCACAAAUUGACGAUUCUGUCGAAUGCAGUGGCGAGACGAGACGGCAGAACCAACACGAUCUCCGAAGAAUCGUCCCUCGUCGAAUCACACUCGUUAAAGGUGCGACGAGCGAAAGAGGAUUUCUUGUCUCGUCGAGGUGGUCCGCUUUGCCAUUCCAUGUUGGAGCCUUCAUCCGUCAAACGGGAGGGUUCGCCAAGAACGUUGGUCCAUUUCUACGAGCAGAUCUCGGAAAAUCAAGAAAGAAUGGCAAGCGGGGAGCAGAUAUCGAGUGUAAAUUGUGCCCCAAACUCGUUGUUAGACGCGUCGAAUGAAAAGGAAGGGCAGCAACACGGGUUGGCAACCAAAGAGAAGAAGAUGGAACAUUUUUUGAACGAUUACAACGAGUUGUCGAACGGUUCGCGACCCGAUCGUGUUAAAUCCGCCAGUGCUGGAAUGAUAAACGUGGAUCCGGACACGUUCGUGCGUUUGACCGAAACCAGCCGGGGAUGCGAGUCUCUUCCAAGAUCGAUCUCGAAGCAGCCUCAGCCGUUAGGAUCGCUCGCGAAAAUUGUUAAUAAAUUAAAGUUUACGAGAUUGAUACGUAGCAAGGAUGCUCAGGAGGAGAAUAUGAGCACGAUCUCGAAAUUGUGCAGACAGAGUUUGUUGAUCGAUGUUAGAAACGAUUUUGACAAGUGUUGGGAGUCGAGCGAUCGUGAGAAGGUUCCUAAAGCGGGUAGCGUUGAGAAGAAUAAGAGAAACGAAUGAUUGUGAUUGUUAAAUUAUAAAUUUUGCAGUGAAACUUCCAGUAUUCGAAUUAGUAAUUAUAUAUGUAUAUUUUAAUUAUCAUUUUUUUUUGUCGUAUAAAUCGUUCGAUUGUGUUGAUUUUAUAAAUAGCGAAUAGUGAAAAAUAUCUGGAUAAGAUUUCGCAAUUUUUAUGGAUCAUCGUUCUUUCCAUCUUCUAUCAAGAGGAUCGUAAAAGUAAUUUAUGGAGAAUUGAAUCGUAGAAUUAUUUGCGUGAGAAAUUUUCCGAUAUAUUUCAAUUAGAUAUAUAAAAUAUUGUAUUAUUAUCUUAUUAUGUGUCUCGAAAAAAAUUAUCCUAUAAUAUUUUUCGUUGUUAUAUAUACAAAAUAAUUAGAAAUAUAAUACUAGAGUAUAGGGGACAAAUGUUUGAAUAAUGGAGGUUCUACUGUAUCGAAUAUAAGCAGUAAUUGUCGAUGAAUAGUUGCGGUUACGGAAAAGAUUUUAAUAAUUUUUUUAAUAACGAAGUUAGAAUAACUAUGAGAAGUAAAAGAAAGAAUACAUAAUUCUAAUUAAUUUUACAACGAAAACGAAACGACAAUCGACCACCAAUCCAACCACGACUCGAAUCCGAAAAGCUGAAAAAUUGCAAUACAAAAACGUAACAAAAUCCCAAUUAAUCAUCGUCUCGGGCUUUAAUCCAAUUCCCAAGCAGCCCAAAACAAAUAAACCGGUAUUUCCCUAUCCUACACGAGCACCGUCCCACAUCAUCUUAAAAACUUAAAUGUAAACGAAUCAGAGUAGUUGGAGAACAAGGGUAAACAAAAGGCCCAGGGGUCGUUCCCAAGUAUUACCGGUGUUUGACGAAAUGAAAUUAAUACCCCAGGGGUGGUCUCGAGUGGUGGUGCGCGUAGAAACUAAAAGUAAGCUCGUGUCGUGUGCGACCAAUACCCGCCCCUCCUUCUCUUUCUCUUCUUCCUCCCCUCUCCAUUUUAACUUUCCCAUCCCUCUUCGAACGACCCCUUCGUCUAAGCGUUACACCUCUCUCUCUUUCUCGAGCACGAAACACUCGACGAUCGCAUUAAGCGGAUUUCGUCCGAUCGACGAAGCGGUCGAACAAACAAAUCGGUCGAACGGGCGCGUUUCGUUUCGUUUCGUGGACGAUUGUGAGCGGCCAUUGUGCCAUCGCGCCGGCGAAGAAUAGGCCCGCCUCGGGAAGAGUUUUGAUUUAUAACGAGUUUAAGCCGACCCAGAUCACUGCUGGGAUAUCCGCUCUCCUUCCUCCCCUGCGAGAUCUCGUUUUCCCGUUUUCUCGCAUUCGUUCGAAUGACUGUGUGAAAUUUUGUUUAUUGCUGUUGUAAAGCUCAAGAUUGCGUCAAGAUUCUUACCAUCUGUUCGAGAUAUUAAUAUUUUUAACUUAAGCUUUAACUAAGAAAUUAAAAAUUUAAAAUGCAGUGAACGAUCAAAACGAUCAAAAUUUUAUUCAUUUUAUAAAAAAUAAAUUGGAUAAAUUCUUUCUCGA